AUGAGAGAUCACUCAGUUCCUCAAGUAUUGAUCAACCAAAUCAGAGCAGAUUUAAAUAAAGCUUAUAGAGAAGAAGAGACCUACUGGAAAUUAAAAAGCAGAAAUCAGUGGAUGAAUCUGGGAGAUCGCAAUACGAAGUACUUCCAUGCAGCUACAAAGGUCAGAAAAUCCAAGAACAGGUUAAAGUCAAUGCUGGAUGCUCAUGGAAUAGAACAUUUCUGUGAUUCUGCUAUUGGUAAAGUGGCUGAAGAUUACUUUACUAAUCUCUUCACCACGGCUCAGCACACAAAUAUGGAGGAAAUUCUUGCUGAUAUUGAACCAAAGGUUACACAAGAUAUGAAUAACAUGCUUACUCAGCCAGUCACAGACCAGGAAAUCAAAGCUGCAGUUUUCUCGAUAGGUGCAGAUAGAGCUCCAGGACAUGAUGGUUUCACGGCAGCUUUUUACCAACAGUUUUGGGAAUUGAUUGGGAACGAUAUCUGCUCAAUGGCCGCAUUUGUUCCUGGACGUAACAUAUCAGAUAAUAUUCUCGUGGCUCAUGAACUGAUGCACUCACUGAAAUCAAGAAAAGAUUUCCAAACUGACUUUAUAGCAGUGAAAACAGAUAUAAGCAAGGCUUAUGAUCGUGUUGAGUGGAACUUUCUGGAACAUGUUAUGCUCAAAAUGGGAUUCAAUACUCUUUGGGUAACAUGGAUCAUGCAAUGUGUAAAGACGGUUUCUUAUGAGGUCCUUAUCAAUGGUUCACCUUAUGGACAUAUCAAACCUUCAAGAGGCAUCCAACAAGAAAGCAGAGAGAACAAGACAAAUUCAAGGAAUGCAGUUAACAAGAGAGUGUCCAUCGAUAUCACAUCUCCUUUUUGCGGAUGA